AUGUCGUCGGCAGAGCUCUCGCCGUCGCAGGUCGCCCUUGCCGUCGAUGCGUACGUCGGCGCGACGCUGCGCUGGCUGGCGCUGCUGAGGGCGGGUCUACACGCCGCCGCCGCACCUUGCAAGGCGCCAAUCGUCGCCAAGAUCGUCGCCGCGCUCAAGGCCCACCCGCUCGUCAAGAGCGCGCCGCACAAGCCCGGCGUGAUUGCGUUCUCGCAAAAGGCACCCGCGUCGCCGAGCGCUAAGGUCGACGACGACUAUGACGCCUUUUUGACGAGCCAAGUGGCUAUCUUUACCACGCGCAUGCAAACGUCCAUUGACAAGAACGUCGCGUACUUUGACACGGACGUCAAGUCGAUGGUCGAGGUGCCUGCCACGUGGGACCACGGGACCGUGGUCGACGAGAUCGUCCGCCGACUGCGCGAGAACCCGACCGUCAAAUCCAUUCUCGACGCCAAGGGCCGCGUCUGUUUUACGCGCCGUGUACCCGCGUCGACCAUCUCGUUCGAUGCGUUUCUCCAAGAGCGCAUCGCGUACUUUAUCGAUCGCAUGCGCACGGCGACGACCCACGGCCGCGUGUACUAUUCCACCGACAUUCAAGGCCGCAUGCUGGUCCCCGACCACCUCGAUGCAGAUGCUGCGUACGCGCGGGUGCUCGCGGCGCUGCAAGCGUGCGCCGAUGUGGUGGCAACGACGGACGCGACGGGCCGUGUCUCAUUUACGGCCCUCGCGUCGCCGGCGCGCAGCGUGGCUUCGGCAGCCGACGCUCCGUCAGCAUCGAUUGUCGAGCUCAUGAUUACGGAUGACGUCGCUCGCUUCCGAGUGCAGCUGCACGCUGCGUUGACCUCGUCGUCGGGCGGCAGCUUUCCCGUGCGCAACGUGCGCAAGCAGAUGGAAGACCACGGGUACAUCUUAUCGACCAGCAUUUUUGCGAUCGUCCGGACCAUAUUGCACUUGCUGCUCGAGGACCCGGCGAUUGCGAUUGCGGAGAAUGGUGCCAAGCUCGUGCGCGUGCCAGGCGCUGUCCUUGCACCGCUCACGACGCCGUCGCUGACGCCGCUGCAACUUGUGACGCUUGAGACGGCCCGCCGCGUCUUUACCGCGCCCGUGUACCUCGGCGACGUCUCCAAGGAGCUCGCGACCCUCGGCUUGUCUCUCUCGGCAUCGCUCAAAGCAGUGCUGGCCAUGUUGCAAGUGCGCGACUGUUUUGCGAUGGACGAGAACGGCUUUAUCAACGUCAACCACGCCGCGUGGGCAAGAGAAGUCGAAAAGUACAUUGGCAGCCAGCCCGCCGAGCGCAAGCAGCCCAUCUCGAGUUUGACGGCCCGGACGCUGCGCUCUCCGCCGCUGUCUCCGGCGGUACCCACCGACGCACAGUCGCCGACAUCGCCGUCGAUCGACGCGUUUGUCGAGAUGAACGUCGCGUUCUUCACGCAGCGCAUGCUCGAACGGACGCGGGACGGCGGCGUGUACUACGUCGGCGACACGCAGGCACUGCUGCAAGCCGGCGGGCCAAACUAUAGCGUCAAGGCCUUUGCGCGUAUUUUAAAGGCACUGCGGGCGCAUCCGGACGUUGUCUACCAGGUCGACGGUGACGGCAACGGCUUCUUUACGCAGGUUGUUCGCGACGACGUCGACCAGUACGUUGCGCAGCAUGCGUCAUUGUACUUGGGUCAAAUCACCGACUAUAUCGCGGGUGGCAACUGCUUCUUCACCUCGUACCUCCCGAGCCAGCUGCGCGCCAUCGUCCCGGACACGGUGCCGAUCGAGCCGGUGGUCGGUGCCGUCGUUGCGUCCCUCGAGCACAACCCGCGCUUCCGCUUGGAGACGGACAGUACAGGACGGGCGUAUUUUACGACAGGUCAGUCGCGUCUUGUCGACACCGACGUUCAGAGCCAAGCGUCGAGUGAGGUUGAACCCGAGCCGUCGGUCAGUGACGCAUCAUCCACAAAAGCCAUGCCGACAACAACGUUUGCCAAGCUCGUGAAGGAUCUCACGGCGCGCUUUUCAGUGCAAAUGAUGCUAACGAUCGAGAGCAAGCACACCCGCUUCCACGUCUCGUACCUUCGGGGCGAGCUCGGCAAGACUUUCCAAGGCGUCUGUCUCGCCCAAGGCCAUGACGUUGCCAAGCUGACGGCCGCCAUUGUCGAGCAGCUCAAGAAGGACCCUCGCGUGAUCUACGAUGCGUCGGCCGCCGUCUUUGUCAAGAACCCCAAUGCCACAAACAUCAAGAGCACCAACGCAACGGACGUCAAGACUGCGAACGCAGUCGACACCACGAGCCUGGACGCAACGGACGUCAAGACGCACGCGGCCGCGCUGCUCAAGCGCAUUGUAAAGCUACCGCUGACCAUCAAGCGCUUUUACGUCGAGUUCAUUCCAGGCGUCGGCGACUACAAGACAAGCGCGCUCGCCCGCGCCAUUGUGGCCGAGGUUGCCAAGGACACGCGCUAUGUCUUGCGCACAGCAGGCGUGCCCCGGCCGUACUUUGAGAGAAAGGACGAGGCCAACGCACUUGGUGUCAAGUCGACACCGGCCCGCGCCCCGUCCCGCGCCCCGACAGCGCAAAGCCCGCCAAUGGACGACGUGGCCAGCAACGACGAGACCUCGAACGGGCCAUCCGUUGUUUCGACGGCCGAGCAGCUUGGACACACGGUCGGUGCUCUGGACGCGGUGCAGUCGCCGUGGACUCCGAGCACCGUGGCCCUCGACGCGCAUGGUGCGUGGCCCCACGUUCUUCUCCAGGUGGCGUGCGACAAUACUGUCGUUCUCAUUGACGUCGAGAGCACGGGAGCGGACGCUGUGCGCACGGCGCUGCGCCCGAUGCUGGCGUCGACCGCUGUCACCAAGGUCGUUUACGGCGCCCACCGCCUCGCGUCGACGAUGGCUCAGCUUCUUGACGACCCGAUUCCGUCCAUUGUCGACUUGGAGCUCCUCUUCGAGCACCGGACGACUCGCUUCAAUGUCCCGUUUGCCAAGAUGCUGUCGCUACUCGGACUACCCGCGCACCCGCAUCCCCGGUACCUCGACCGACCCGACUAUUUUGAUCAACGGCCACUCCGCGCCGAGACGACGCAGGCUGCCGCCGCCACUGUAUCUCGUUUGCUGGACGCCUACUGCUCCUUGGAAGAUGACGUCAGCUGCGACCGCGAUCAACUAUUGACCGCCUCCAACCAGCGACUGCAUCAGGCGAUCGCUUCCGAUGGCCAGCGAUCGCUCUGCUUUGACGCGCAACACAACCAGCGCCUUGUCUCGACCGAGUACCUCCAGGCGUGGCGGCCCCACGACGUUGUCUCUAGUCCGCCGGUGGUCAUCCACGAAGACUUGGACGACAUUUUGGGGUUGCUGCCACCUGACCUCGCGGCACCUCUGCUCCAACCCGACGUCAGCGCCAAGCUGCUCGACAUCGUCUUGGACCUCGGACGCCGACCGUGGGCGUGGGUCAAUGGCGCGCGUUUCUUCCUCGACACUUCCAAUCAGGAUCGCGUCGUCACAAGAGACGACCUGGAUUCGAUUGUCGACCGCAUUGGCGGCUUUGGCAGCGACAACCGCGCCGUCUCUCGGCAGCUCGCGACCAAGUACAACGUCUGCAUCGUCGACACGAGCAACGAGAUUGCAGGCGACGGCGACAUUCCGCAUCCGUGCGUGGGCUUGGCGCGGCGCAUGAUGGUGCCAUCGCUCAACGACCAAGCCGCGGUCAUGGUCGAGUGUGUCCAGAACCACACGCCCGAGGUCAUGGUCAUCGACGAGAUUGGCCGACCGAGCGAAGUCGAGGCCGCGCGCACGUGCAAGCAGCGCGGUGUGCGCAUCGUGGCCUCGGCGCACGGCGACCUGCGCAAGCUGCUCAAGAACAAGCCGCUGCGAGGGCUUGUGGGCGGCGUCGAGUCGGUGACGGUCGGCGACGCAUUGGCCAAGGAAAAGCAAAAGAAGGACGACAAUGGGCCGCUGCGGAAGCUGUUGGCACAGCGCGGUGGCGAGCCGAUCUUUGAGGUGAUUGUGGAGCUGCGUCGCGGGCAGUACAACGCGUGGCGCAUCGUGACGGACGCCGCGUCGGCAGUCGAUGCCAUCUUGGCCGGCGAGGCGUACGAGGCUCAAGUGCGGACGCGGGCGACCGACGGCUUUUACUACAGCGAGCAGAAAUUCUAA